CACGGCCACAUGGGUCUUAUUGUCAAAUCAUUAAUGGUGCUUGGAACCAUUAUUAACGCGGUCCUGAGUCCUGACCUCGUUUGCUGGUCAACUAACACGCUUUAAAUUCAGUCUCUUUGAACUUACAAGGCAAUAAUAAUUUCCCACAUCCCGUAGUAGUUGUUGACUGUGUAGCAAAGUUUUAAUUUGCAUUAGUCGGUUUCGAAAUUUAAGAAUAUACCUUAUUGUUUGUUGAAGCCAAAAUUUUAAUUUCAGUCUACUUUAUAUGGUAAUUUCCUUUCACUUUCACUCUUGUCUAUUGCACACUGCCGAUAAUGAUGUUGGGUUAGAGAAAAUAAUGGAGGCAAACAAGUUAUUAAUUAAUUUCAUAUUCUUCUUUUUUUCUAGUCACUACUUUUCUGUGAGCAUCUUUUCUUGUCCCAAUAACAUAGAGUAAGGUUCGUACUCCCUUAGUCUUCUCCAUAUAAGGAAAUUAAAUACAGAGAGACUAAAUUGUAGUGUUGAUGAGGAUGGAAGGAGAAAGAAGGAAGCGGAAAUUGGAGAGUAGUGAAGAAGAAAAAGAAGAAAAUGAGGAGCAGAAGAUGGAGACGUUCUUCGCCUUGGUGAAAAGCACGAAGGAGGCGCGUGAUCUCCUCUUCAAUAAGGACAAAACGGAUAACAAGGUUGAUGAGGAUGAAGAAGCACUCAAGAAGGGAAAAGCUACUUGGAUUCCAAUGUUUCAGCCAGAAGAUUUCAUUGAUUAUGGAGAAUUGGGAAGAAGAAGUAGUCAUAAUAAUAAUAAUAAUAAUAGUAAUAAUAAUGUUCCAACAACAACUCCGCAUGCAUCAGGUGCAGGUCCUUCGGAGAAAGAGAAGGAAGAGGUGGUGGUGCUGGAGAAACAACAUUUGCAAGAAGCGGCGGCGGCGACGCUGGAGGCACCUAUUCCAGAAAUAAAUGAACAGAAGGAGAAAACAAGUGAUCUUCUAGACUUAAAUCUUUCUUUGUGAUAAAUGCCAUAUAUGUAUAUGUGAAUGUAUGUAUGUGAUUUGCUGACCUAAUUGCAUCUUUAUUGUGUUAUUAAUUAUAUUAUUGAUCAAUUAGUGUUCAUUGUUACUUCAUGAUUAACCAUGGAAUUGUUUAUACAACGGAAGAGAGUCAUCAUGUUUAGUAUACUGUGGUGAUUUUUCGUGCUCAAUCCUUAAUAAUAAUCUGCCUUCUGGCUUUGUAUGUUAAA